AUGCAAGAUCAAGAGUCCAUCUGGAUGUACGAUCCAUCCUUCCCACUUGCUGUGGUUGGUACUGUUGUCUAUGGAAUAAUCUUCCUUGCCAUUGCAUACCUCACUCUGAUCAAGUACCGAGCCUGGUACUUCAUUGUUGUAGUUAUAGGCUCAGCAAUAGAAGUUGCUGCUUAUAAUCUCAGAAUCCAUUCUGUUCAGAACCAGUCAGAGAUAACGCCUUUUGUCCUGACUCUCACUUACGCGGUCCUCGCUCCGGUCCUUGUAGCUGCUGGAAAUUACCUUCUUAUUAGCCGUCUCAUCCUCGCCGUUCUUCCUCCAUCCCACCACCGCAUCCUUCGAAUUCCAGGCCGUCGCCUUACCCCGAUAUUUGUUUUCUGCGAUGUAAUCGCCUUUCUCAUCCAAGGCAGCGGUUCUGGUAUCGCAAGCUCAGAUAACUGGCAAGGAGACAUGGAGAGGCUUGGAGUAAAGGUUCUCAUAGUCGGACUGGCAUUCCAGCUUGCCGCCUUCUCUCUCUUUCUUUGCGUUUUUAGACGUUUCCAUGUCCUUGCCCUUCGUAUGGCUGUUGAGGAUGCUCCUAGGGGUUGGCAGAAACUUGUCUUUGCAGUUUACAUCUCGAGUAUCUUGAUAAUGGUUCGUUGCAUCUUUCGUGUCGUUGAGUUUGCUGGAGGGAGGGAUACAUAUGCCUUCAGCCAUGAGUGGCUCUUCUGGGUUUUCGAAAGCCUGCCGAUGGCUGUUGCUAUAGGUAUAUUUUGUUUCUAUCAUCCAAGUCAUUAUCUCGGAAGAAAUGGCGCCCGGUCCAAGUCUGUUCGGACUGAAGAUACUAUCGAGCUUGCUGAGGGGUCCAAAUAG